AUGGACUGUAGCUCUAUCCUCCAACGAAAGGCACACUUACCUCUCGAGAUCUGGCAGCACAUCUUCCUGCACGCAUGCACCGACGGAGGGCACACCGGCUGUUCCUUGGCACUCGUCUCGAGGUUUUUUCACCUUGCAUCCCACCCCGUUCGCUUCAACUCACUC